AAUGCAGCAGUGUUGAUUGCGGCGCUGUGUGAGUCCGGUGUGCUGGUCUGGUCACAGGUGUGUUCCAGCUGCUCAGUGAGGCCGUGGUUCCUCAGGAUCAUGCCGACUGGAGCAGCUCGGGGCCGGAGGAGGCCUGCAGCAUGGAGCUGCCCUCUGGCUUCCCCCCUCUGCUGAGCGCCUGCGGUCAGCCGGCCUACACCAACUACGUGGGAGGAUUUCACGGCUGCCUGGACUACAUCUUCAUACAGCAGGACAGAAUGCAGGUGGAGCAGGUGAUUCCUCUGCCCAGCCACCAGGAGGUCACCACCUACGAGGCCCUGCCCAGCGUGGCUCACCCCUCCGACCACAUCGCCCUGGUCUGUGACCUGCGCUGGAACCUCUGACCUCCAAACUCGAAGCUCCUGGAAAAGCAGGCUGCCACACUUUGCCUUUUGAAGCUUUAAAAUGUGUUCUUGCAGGUUUGCUGAAGAACAUUCAAGUGAAACCUGGACAAACAGAGACAUGAGGACAAGUGUCUCAACUACAGCAUGAUGAGUUGUAAUUAAGUUUAUAUGACAUUAUAUACGGUCCUUAUUAGACAGUAAUGAAUUUUCAUCACUGAUAUUCAGUGUUGAGGUGUGAAAGGCAAUUCAUUGAACAGUUAUUGUUUUUUAAAGAGAAUCUAUUACUGUUAGAGUGAAAUGCUCAACUGGUUUGAUAAUUAUUGUCAUUUUGAGUUCAUAUUGCCGACAGAAGAGAUGAAACCUUCUGGUUCUUCCUCUUAAACAGCUGUUAUUAAAGACUUUAAUUCUGCUGUGACAUGGUUCAUUAAUAAAUAUGAACAUUUUAUUCUAAGUAUUUAUUGAUAUGGCCACAUUUGUUGCUCAGUGAGGACUUUGUUUUAAUAAAGCUUCACUGGACAGCGUUAA